AUGUCAGCCGAAGCCGACGUUAAAUUACAGGACUUCGAGAACAUCUUCAAACUCGAUGGCAAAGUGGCAGUGGUGACAGGUGGCAGCCGCGGUCUCGGUCUGCACGCUGCCAGUGGCCUCCUCCAAGCCGGCUGCUCUCAAGUCUACAUCACGUCGCGCAAAGCCAGCGGGUGCGAGCAAGCGGUGCUCGCGCUCAACGCGCUGCCCAACAAACAGCCGCACGCGGUCGCCAUCUCCGUCCCGGCCGACCUAUCCAAAGUGUCGGAGAUCGAGCGGCUCGCGGCUGAAAUCGGCAAACAGACACCGCACAUCGACAUCCUGUUCGCCAACGCGGGCGCGACGUGGGGCGAGCGCUUCGAAACGCACCCGGAGCCGGCCUUCUCCAAGGUCAUGGACCUGAACGUCAAGAGCGUCUUCUACACGAUCCAGAAGCUCGAGCCGCUGCUGCCGGCGCGCGCCCCGGCGGCCGCGAUCCACCUCACCAAGAAUCUGGCCGUCGAGUUGGCGCCACGACAUAUCCUCUGCAAUGCUAUCGCGCCGGGUUUCUAUCCCUCUAAGAUGGCGAACGGGCUGAUGGAGUUGGAGGGGGGAGAGGAAAAGUUGGCGCAGAUGUCGCCGAAUCAGAGGCUCGGUCACCCGGAGGAUGUGGCGGGGUUGGUGGUGUUUUUGGCCAGUCGCGCGGCGGCGCAUUUGAAUGGGACUGUGAUCGCGACGGAUGGGGGGGCGGUGCUGGCGAGGGGGCGGUUGUGA